AUGAGUGAGACUAAUGUACCCAGCUUAGAAAUUCUAGUAUCUGAUCCACAGAAACGUUCCGGAGAUCAAACUAGCACUUCAUCAUAUGUGAGCUAUCAGAUAUCCACCAAGACAGAUAACGAAACUUACCACAAGCAUCAUGGUGGUAAAGGAGGAAUCAUUGUUGUGCACCGUAGAUAUAGCGAUUUACUUUUGCUUUACAAUGUAUUGUUGAAUGACCAUCCAACUAGUAUCAUACCACCUUUACCUGAUAAGAAAGUGUUACAGUACCUUGCCGGGGACCGUUUCAGUCAAAGCUUCACUCAGAAAAGGUGUCACAGUCUGCAGAAUUUUUUGAGGAGGGUCGCCAACCACCCUGUGUUGAGCCAGUCGACUAUUUUAAUGAUGUUCUUAGUCAGUAACGAUUGGGACGCAUACAGGAAGAGUCUCGCGGGGCACUUACAAACGAACAAGGAAGAAGUAACCGAUGUAUUUAUGAACGCAUUCAAGACUGUGCAUAAGCAGAGUGAUGAAUUUGUAGAGAUCAAAGAAAAGAGUGAUAAACUGGAUCAUAACGUUGCCAAGAUCGAUAAGAUCUUUCAUAAAGUCGUGAAAAAACAUGAUGCUGUGGCCGAGGACUACGCAAAGUUAGGAGCGAAUGUUCAGGAUUUACAAGAGUUGUGUACGGGCGAGAAUGAAGCUCUUGCGCAGCGACUAAAACUUUUCAAUGAAGGCGUUACGCAACUAUCUUUCGGAAUACGUGAUCUAAGCAAAUACUUGGACUAUGAAUACAUCGUGGAUCUGAAAGAUUUGGAACAUUAUAUCGAUAGUAUGGGCCAACUAAUCAAAUUGAAGGACCAAAAGCAAAUCGAUUACGAAGAAUUAAGCGACUAUUUGACUAAAUCUAUCAACGAAAAGAACAAUUUGAUUUCCGGUUACGGUGGUAGUAAUUUUUUUACCAACAAACUUGAAGAGCUUGCUGGGAUCAACCAACAAGCUGCUCGCCGCGAUAAGAUUGAUAAACUCGAGACAAAAAUCACUUCACUAACCAGUGAACUCGAGACUGCUAAGCGUGUAGCUGACGCAUUCGAACACGAAACCUUAAAAGAAGUUACACUAUUCGAACAACUCAAGACACGUGAACUGAAGCAAUCAUUAUCCAGUCUCGCAGAUCAUCACAUAGCCUUCUACGAGCAAAUGCUCGACACAUGGACCAACAUCGAUCAACGUCUAUCUGUAUAG